UACUGCAUGUACUUUUUCUCCCUCUCUCUAUAAUUGAGUUUCAGCAUGAAGGGAAAGUUUCUAAGAGGGUGCCUUAACAAGUGGAAGAAAAUGGGGAGUCGAGUAAUCCAUUGUGCUGCGUAUGGUUACUGCUGCUCAUGGGAAGUGUGGACAUCCAUGCAUGAAGGAGACUCCAUCCCCAACGAUGUGCCAAAGGGUCACUUGGUUGUGUACGUGGGAGAGCAACAUAAGAGAUAUGUCAUCAACAUUACGUUGCUCAACCAUCCUCUCUUCAAGGCCUUGCUGGAUCAAGCUCAGGAUGAGUAUGAUUUCGUUGCAGACUCAAAGCUCUACAUUCCUUGCACUGAGCAUCUUUUCCUCACUGUCCUUCGCCAUGCAAGCUCUUCUCAUAAUCAACAACCACUCUCAGUCUUCCAUCUCUAAAAUGUUUGGAUAAACUUUUCCAAAAAAAAAACAUUUAUAAACAAGAAAGUAGGAAGAAGAAAAAUGCAAGUUUCUCAAUGAGUUAAAUUUAGUUUGAGUUAAAAAUAAGUUUUUGGUAAUAUAAUAUUUUUUUUCAGUACUAUG